GGAGGGAGGGAAGUGGGCGGGAGCCGAGGGCAGAGUCGCGAGAGUCGCCGGCGGCCGCGGGGCCCUGGGCAAGUGGGAGCCCGCGCGGGCCGGGCGGGGAUGAGCUAUGGCAUCUGUCAAGGUGGCCGUGAGGGUCCGACCCAUGAAUCGCAGGGAAAAGGACUUGGAAGCCAAAUUCAUUAUUCAAAUGGAGAAAAGCAAAACAACAAUUACAAACUUAAAGAUACCAGAAGGAGGGACUGGGGACUCAGGAAGAGAACGGACCAAGACCUUCACUUAUGACUUCUCUUUUUAUUCUGCUGAUUCGAAAAGUCCAAAUUAUGUCUCACAGGAGAUGAUUUUCAAAACCCUCGGCACAGAUGUCGUGAAGUCUGCAUUUGAAGGUUAUAAUGCUUGUGUCUUUGCAUAUGGGCAAACUGGAUCGGGAAAGUCAUACACUAUGAUGGGAAAUUCUGGUGAUUCUGGCUUAAUACCUCGGAUCUGUGAAGGGCUCUUCAGUCAGAUAAAUGAAACCACCAGAUGGGAUGAAGCGUCUUUUCGAACGGAAGUCAGUUACUUGGAAAUUUAUAACGAACAUGUGAGAGAUCUACUUAGGCGGAAGUCAUCCAAAACCUUCAAUCUAAGAGUCCGAGAGCAUCCAAAAGAAGGACCGUAUGUUGAGGAUUUAUCCAAACAUUUAGUACAGAAUUACGGCGAUGUCGAAGAACUAAUGGAUGCGGGAAAUAUCAAUCGAACCACAGCAGCGACUGGGAUGAAUGAUGUCAGCAGCAGAUCUCAUGCCAUCUUCACCAUCAAGUUCACUCAGGCAAAAUUUGAUUCUGAAAUGCCGUGUGAAACCGUGAGUAAGAUCCAUCUAGUCGAUCUUGCUGGAAGUGAGCGCGCAGACGCCACCGGUGCCACUGGGGUCAGACUGAAGGAAGGGGGGAAUAUUAACAAAUCCCUCGUGACUCUGGGAAAUGUCAUUUCUGCCUUAGCCGACUUAUCUCAGGAUGCGGCAAACCCUCUUGUGAAGAAGAAGCAAGUUUUUGUGCCUUACAGGGAUUCUGUUUUGACUUGGUUGUUGAAAGAUAGCCUUGGUGGGAACUCUAAAACCAUCAUGAUCGCCACCAUUUCACCUGCUGAUGUCAAUUACGGAGAAACCCUAAGUACUCUUCGCUAUGCAAAUAGAGCCAAGAACAUCAUCAACAAGCCUACUAUUAAUGAGGACGCCAACGUCAAACUCAUCCGUGAGCUGCGUGCCGAAAUAGCCAGACUGAAAACGCUGCUUGCUCAAGGGAGUCAGAUCGCCCUCUUAGACUCCCCCACAGCCUUAAGUAUGGAGGAAAAACUUCAGCAGAAUGAAGCAAGAGUUCAAGAAUUGACCAAGGAAUGGACAAAUAAGUGGAAUGAAACCCAAAAUAUUUUGAAAGAACAGACUCUAGCCCUUAGGAAAGAAGGGAUUGGAGUUGUUUUGGAUUCUGAACUGCCCCAUUUGAUUGGCAUUGAUGAUGACCUUCUGAGUACUGGAAUCAUCUUAUAUCACUUGAAGGAAGGACAGACAUAUGUUGGUAGAGAAGAUGCUUCAACAGAACAAGAUAUUGUUCUUCAUGGCCUCGACUUGGAGAGUGAGCACUGCAUCUUUGAAAAUGUUGGGGGAACGGUGACUCUGAUACCCCUGAGCGGGUCUCAGUGCUCCGUGAAUGGUGUUCAGAUCAUGGAGGCCACACACCUAAAUCAAGGUGCUGUGAUACUAUUGGGAAGAACCAAUAUGUUUCGCUUUAACCACCCUAAGGAGGCUGCCAAGCUCAGGGAGAAGAGGAAGAGUGGCCUUCUGUCCUCCUUCAGCUUGUCCAUGACUGACCUCUCCAAAUCCUGUGAGAACCUGUCUGCGGUCAUGUUGUACAACCCGGGUCUUUUCCCUAUAAAAGGACCCAUCUGUCUAAGGCUUGAAUUUGAGCGGCAACAGCGUGAAGAACUUGAAAAAUUAGAAAGUAAAAGGAAACUCAUAGAAGAAAUGGAAGAAAAGCAAAAGUCAGACAAGGCCGAACUGGAGCGGAUGCAGCAGGAGGUGGAGACGCAGCGCAAGGAGACGGAGAUCGUGCAGCUCCAGAUCCGCAAGCAGGAGGAGAGCCUCAAGCGCCGCAGCUUCCACAUCGAGAGCAAGCUGAAGGACUUGCUCGCCGAGAAGGAGAAGUUUGAAGAGGAGAGGCUGAGGGAGCAGCAGGAGAUCGAGCUGCAGAAGAAGAGGCAAGAGGAGGAGAGCUUUCUCCGCGUCCAGGAGGAGCUCCAGCGGCUCCAGGAGCUCAACAACAAUGAGAAGGCCGAGAAGCUCCAGAUAUUUCAGGAGCUGGAGCGGCUCAAAAGGGAGAAGGACGAGCAGUACGCCAAGCUCGAAGUGGAGAAGAGGAGGCUGCAGGAGCAGGAGAAGGAGCAGGUUGUGCUCGUGGCACAUCUGGAGGAGCAGCUGCGCGAGAAGCAGGAGAUGAUUGGGCUCCUGCGGCGGGGCGAGGUGCAGCGGGCGGAGGAGGACAGGAGGGACCUGGAAGGCAUCCGGGAGUCCCUCCUGCGGGUGAAGGAGGCCCGGGCUGAAGGGGACGAGGAUGGUGAGCCAUUAGAACGGGCUCAGCUGCAGUUCCUCAAGUUCAAGAGAAGGCAGCUGGUCAAGCUGGCCAACUUGGAAGAAGACCUGGUUCAGCAGAAGGACCUCCUGGAAAAGGAAAUCGAGGAAGAACAGGACCUCCUGGAACGUUUAAAAUCUGCAAAUGAGGAAGACGUUAGACCGCUGGAGAACAAUGAUGACAGCAUCGCAGAUGUCACCCCGGCGGUUCCAGAUUUGGAGAAAAUAAAGCUGGCAGAAUCCAGGCUGCAGUGUAAAGCCCGCCAGCUCCAGUACCUCCUGCAGAAUCACCUGCCGACCCUGCUGGACGAGAAGCAGAGAGCGCUUGAAACCCUCGACAGAGGUCCUCUCGGCUUAGACAACACUCUGUAUCUAGUGGAAAAAGAAAUGGAAGAGAAAGAAGAACAGCUUGCGCAGUACCAGGCCAAUGCGAGCCAGCUGCAGAAGCUCCAAGCCACCUUCGAGUUCACUGCCAACAUUGCUCGUCAGGAGGAAAAAGUGAGGAAGAAGGAAAAGGAGAUUCUCGAAUCCCGGGAGAAGCAGCAGAGGGAGGCGCUGGAGUGGGCCGUGGCCAGGCUGGAGAGGAGGCAUUCGGCCCUGCAGAGGCGCUCCACCCUGGGCCUGGAGAUUGAGGAGCAGAGGCAGAAGCUGGCCACACUGAACAGCAGCAGCAGUGAGCGGGCCGGGCUCCGAGCCAGCCUGGAAGCUGAGCAGGAGGCGCUGGAGAAGGACAGGCAGAGAUUAGAGCAUGAAAUCCAGCAGUUGAAGCAGAAGAUCUGUGAGGUUGAUAGCAUUCAAAAAGGGCCUCGUGGGACCUUGGAGGGGAAGGCUCCUUCCAGCUUGCCAUCCAGUGCUGAGAAGUCUCACCUGGUCCCUCUGAUGGAUGCCAGGAUCAGUGCUUACAUUGAAGAGGAAGUCCAAAGACGACUUCAGGACUUACAUCGCGUGAUUGGUGAGGGUAGCAGUGCAUCGGCCAACAUGCUGAAGGAUAAUGAGAAACUCCACAAUGGCACCAUUCAACGUAAGCUAAAAUAUGAGCGGAUGGUUUCUCGCUCUUUGGGAGCAAAUCCAGACGACCUGAAGGACCCAAUUAAAAUUAGUAUUCCACGCUAUGUGCUGUGCGGGCAAGGGAAGGACGAGCACUUCGAGUUUGAGGUCAAGAUUACUGUCCUAGAUGAGACAUGGACCGUAUUCAGACGCUACAGUCGUUUUCGAGAAAUGCAUAAAACAUUGAAGUUAAAGUAUGCAGAGCUUGCUACCCUUGAGUUCCCUCCAAAGAAACUAUUUGGAAACAAGGAUGAACGUGUGAUUGCUGAGAGGCGAAGUCACUUAGAGAAAUACCUCAGGGACUUUUUCAGUGUGAUGCUCCAAUCCGCGACGUCCCCCCUGCACAUCAACAAGGUGGGGCUGACCCUUUCCAAACACACCAUUUGUGAGUUCUCACCGUUCUUCAAGAAGGGAGUCUUUGACUACAGCAGCCAUGGGACAGGGUAGAGCUGCGGAGGAGGGGACAGCGGAACCACCAAUGCAGUGCCUUCUCGUCAAAGGGGCCCUCCCGGCGCAGGGCAGCCUCACCAGGGCCCCCCGAGUGCCUGAAUCUGGGACUGGAUGUUUUGCUUGGCUGACGGGGACCCCGACGGGCAGCUGUUGCUGUCCCAUUGCCGUUGAAUGUGGCCUUUUCCCCAUAGUGCUUCCUUCUCAUCCCAGCAGAGUCUGCCUCUGUGGCAGAAUGGACGUGGCUGGGCUGUCGCAGGCUCUCUGAGCGCAGUGGGCCCAGGGUCUCCCCAAGUGAGUGGGUGGCUCACCAGACCUCCCUUCAAUGACUGGCAUCUGGUUUCCUCUUCCACCAAAAGAUAUAUCUUAUUUUUUAUAGUCCUUCCAUGUGGCUAGCUACAUCCCAAGAGGAGCAUUUUAAAUGAUUUCACUAUUUUUUUUUUCUUUUUCCCCUCAUUUGAGUCAGAACUUUUGUACAAUACCUAGCCACUGAUGUUUACACAGAAUUUCAUAUUCUGCAAAAGGGAAUUUUGGUCCAAUCAUGUCUGGAAUCUUCCAUGCUUGACAAAUUGGAUGUAGGUGACAUCACUUAAAACUUCUGUAAAUCCAUACAAAUAGGAGGUUUGUUUGAUCUUGAAUAUUUAAGGGAAUUGCCCCAAAUGUAAAUGGCUACUGUGCAUUCUUGAGCUUUCUCCGCUGAGCACAAAAACAGGCGCAUAGCUGAAUGCCUAUUUUUAAAUAUUUUUUUUUUCACAGUUUUGUUACAGAAUCUACUGGAUCUUUGGCUGAAAGACUAGAAUUUACAGUAGUUUAUUAAUGAUCCCUUAAAUUACUCAGGACUUAAUGUAGCAUUGCACAUCUAUGUACAGUAAAACUGCUUUGUUUUACUAAAGAGAAAAAUGUGAGUAGACAAAAUAUAAAUGUGGCAUAUAUGGAAAUGUAUAUAAUUCUACCUAUAGAUUUAUAUAUGUACACAGGCCUGUACAAUAGUUGUAUCAAAAUAUAUAAUCGUUCACACCAAGUUUAUUAAAGGUAUUUGCUUUUUUCAAAAUUUAAAUUGAGCUGCUAUCAAUAUUAAAUGAUGUCAUAGAAUCUA